AUGGCAAUCUCCUUCGAACCGCAACGGCGGCUCUCUGGCUGGCAGCGAGUUGCCUAUGCGGUGUCCUUGACACUCUCUUGGAUCCUCCAGAGGACGCCAUUUAGCGUGCACUGCUGCAUCGUCUUGCUUGCUGCCCUUGGCCCCAUCUUCGCUCCACACCUCAUCGCUCUCCUCAUCGUCCUGAUUCACGUCGUCUUUGUCAUUUGCCAGAGUCGCACUGCUUGGGGAGUCUGGUGCGGCUGGCGAGGUGUACUCCAGCAUUCUCGUAGAGAUUGGCGACAAUACCACGCCGAUGAGCGCCAAAAGCUCGACAAGAAUGGCUCUGGCGAUCACGUGCUCGAAAUCGACGAUGUGCAGCACAUUAUCAUCGUUCCGGCCUACAAGGAGACCGUAGAGACUCUGAGAGAGGUGAGUGAGCUGCCUUCAUCGCGAGGUGCGCCGAGGAACACCGGCAAAAAUCAGGGGACCUGACAGAGUGAUUGCUUUUCAUCAGACACUUGAUGUGCUCGCCUCGCACCCCAUGGCUUCAGCCUGCUACCACGUCUGCUUGGGCAUGGAAGAGCGCGAGGCUGGCGCAGCGGCAAAGGCAAACAAGCUUCUGAGUCAGUACCGACUCGAUCGCGCUUUUGCCACCGCCGCCUUCUCUCUGCACCCUGGCAAUAUUCUGGGCGAGAGUGCGGGAAAAGCGUGAGUGUUGCCGAAUAUGUCUGCCUCUUCCUGGUCCCCUGCUACGUCUCUUCUUGGCUUGCGACAUGCGAAAGAUGGUUGGUAGACGUAAGAACAUGUGCCAACGCAUGCGAUUCAUUUGGUAGAGCUCCAGCUCGCGUUGCAGUCUGGUCGAGGGAAGGCAGGCGCGGCCAGUCGCUUGAUUGGGCGGCGCGAUGGCAAAGGGAUCGAGGCGCACCAGAGCUCUCACUCAGCCUUGGCGGUGGAGAGAUUUGGCGUUGCUGAAUCGCUGCAUGGGGGUUGUGCUGAUUGAUGUUGCUGAUGCUGCGCGGCGCGGCGCAUGAACGGCUGCAUUCUUCCGGCCCGCGGCAUCGCGUUUCCGGUCAGCAGGACGCGGACGCGGACGCGGACGCGUUCGUCUUUCUGCCGUCACGGCCUCACGGCUGCUGCUGAUCGAUCGCGUGUGGAGCGAGGGGACGCACAAGUCAGCCACGCACGUCCCAUCCAUGCUCGAUUCGAUUCACGUGAUUGUUCGUAAUUUGAGGAGUUCCUCUUCUGUGAGAACGGGGACAACUAGGUGGCGAAUCAAGAAUCAAAUCUCGAGCUGAAGUUUGAGUCAGGAGCCAAAAGUGGAUGGAUGAAGCUCUCAUGGCCAGGUCAGGUCCAGCAAUGACGAAUGGGGAUGAAGCUCAUGGCCAGGUCUCAGGCAAAGAGGCGGAUCAGGGUUCGCUUAGGCUCGCCUGCCUCGGCCAUGCCCUGCGCGUGCAAGAAUGUGAAUGUGCCAUCUGACCGUGCCCAUCUCGCGCCAACAGUUCGAAUGUCAACUGGGCUGCAAGGCACAUGGCUCGCUCCGUACCCAUUGAUCAUAGCCGCAGUGAGUGGAGAUGUGGUGCCUUGGCAGACAAACGGCGAGCAUUCGCUGAUGCAUUUUGAUUGUGAAUGCUCUCCUCCUUCCGUCAUGACCAGCCGUUGUGACGGUGAUGGAUGCAGACACUGCCUUUGCCUCCGACUUUUUCCUCUCCAUCUCUGCAUACUAUGCUCUUGCUCCUCACGAGAAGCGACGUAGAACGUACUAUGUUCCUCCAACUUUGUUCGAUCGCAAUGGUGCAGAAGUGCCAGCCACUACGCGGAUUGCGGACAUCAUGUGGAGCUGCGCUGGUAUUGGACAGAUCUACCCAAGCAGCAGCUUCAAAGCCCCAACCAGCGCUUACGCCGCAACCAUGGAGCUGGUCAAGCAUUGCGACUUCUGGGACAGCGGACCGGAAGCUGUGGGCGAAGACGUGAGCGAUUAUGAAAGAGGCAGCCCUGUCCUUAGAUCCGUGAUGCUUGCAGCAGCUGACCUCACGCCUUUUCGGCGGCAGUUCCAUUUCGCUGUGAAAGCCACUUUUGACACGCGUGGAAGCGUGUUUGCACAGACCAUCUAUUCUCCAGCGUCCCAGACCAAUGUGGUCGGCUCUCCCUCCCACAGCAGCGUGCUGUCGUAUCUCAACGAUAUGCACGCUCGUUGGUCGCAAGCUGUCCGACACCUGUGGGGCUCUUUGGAUUUCGGCUACGCUUUCCAUCGUGCGUUGACGGGCUCUUUCGGUCCAGGUCAGCGCAAGACUGGAUACAUCGCUCUGAUGACCCAAGACUCUGAUGAGAGCGCUGAAGACGACGACGUGACGAUCAACGGUGAUCGUCUCAAGCCACCUCAAUACUUUGUGAACAACACGCUGCAAGUCGAAGAUCCUCAGCGAUUUCCUUCGCCAAGCACAACGGCGACUACGGACUCCACGUUGGUGGAAAGCUAUGAUGCGAUGUCUCUGCCGCGUCCUGCCAAGAAAUUCGCUCGCUUCGAUGAUGAUGGUGAUGCCGAGUCCGAGGACACGGUUCACAAGGUGACUCAGACACACCACAGGACACUGAGCAAGUAUGGUGAACGACUGGAUGUGAGCACGGCAGAGAGCUUCAGCAGGCGGGGCUCCGAUAGCAGCAUCGUUGGCGAUAGCGAAGAUCUGGAGCUGGGCAAACUUCUCGCAUCAGACGGUGCUCGCGCCGCAGACGAUGACGAUGACGAUAACGCCGAGGCUUGGGACCCGCCCCUGCGCAUCAAGCCGUUUUUUGCGAUGUUCUUCCGCAUCUUUGAGGCGCACAUUAUGAUUGCUGCGAUCUUCCUGAGCAUGCAAAUCCUUACCUUCUAUCCCACCGUCGUCUACCGCAACGGGCACGUGGGAUUCAGUGAGCUUCCUGGAAGACAGUGCACCUGGCAGAAAUGCGCGCAGGCUAUCUUCGAAUCGCCUUUCUCUGCGGACAUGCCUAUCCCAGAAGGCACGGCUCCCGGCCUGCAUCCAGCUUGGCUCUUGCCUGACAUCGUGAUGUGCAGUAUCAGAGUGAGUGCUCUUGCGCCUCUUGUGCCAACGACUCGAGCCGCAAAAGCGCUGCUUACACGAUGGCGCCCUCUCUCCGACAGGCUGCGCGUCUGCUCACCGUGUUUGGUGUCAUCGCGACGAUUUUCGUGUUGCUCGCCCACGAUUACUAUCACCGUGCUGCUUCGCAGACUCGCUGGCUGGAAUCAGAGCAAGUGAUCCGCGCGUGGCGAGAACGUGGAUCCCAGGGACCAGAGCCUGCUCGGUACCUCGGAACUCGUCCAGGGCAGACCUUUGCUCGCAAGUGGCCAAGAGGAUUCUUGGACUUCUUGGCCUUCCCAGCGGCUAUUCUUUACGGCGUGGCGCCCAUGCUGUAUGCUCAGCUCUGCCAUUUGCACACCAACAAACUAACCUACACCGUCAGUGGUAAGAGCAAGUCCACCGUCGUUAUCGCCACACCGUUUGUAGCCGAGGCAGAGGUUCGCGUCAGCUCAGAUAUUCGAGGUUCAAGGGCAAGCAUGGACACCGCAAGGACUAUUCGUCAAUCCAUCGAGAUCGGCCGCAUUAGUGUCGAUGAGCAUGGCAUGGACCGCUACUACAGACCAGAGCGCAGCUUGCACAAAUCUGGCGACAGGCAGGACCCGCUUAUGGCCCGACACAAGCAAGGCUGA